AUGCCCGACGUCGCCGCUUCCUGGGCCGCUCGUCAUGACGCCAUCGUCAUCUCGCUCAGAGCGCCCGCCGUCGCCCGCGCACUAAGCGACCUGGAGCUGCAGAGCGGCACCAGGGUCCCUCGCACCCACGCCACCGCCCACGACCCUGACCGGCUCGACAGCGCCAAGGAUGCUUCGCAGCUCCAAAAGUACACGGCGCCUCACCGUCUGGGCAGGGAGCUCGACCUGGCGCUCGCUAUCCUAUGGUCGUCGUCUGGCAUCCCGCACGGCAAGGACGCCAAUCCCUUCCGCGCCGCCGCCUUGCCCCACAUCAAGACGCUCCCGCGCCUCUCGUUUAGCAUCGACGACUUCAAGUCGCUCAAGACGCUGCAGCGCAGCUCUGGCAGCUUUGUCGAGGUGGUGCGCUGCAAGCUCGACCGCCAGCUGUACGUCCUCAAGACGAUCGUCAAGGGUUUUGCAAAGCGCAACGCGGCCAUCCAGUCGCCCGCCUGCGAAACCCUGUUCCUGGCCAAGAAGCAACCCGGCGCGGCCUCUUCCGACGACGGCGGCACCACGAGAAGGGUCACGCCGGAGCUCGUCGCCGCCUUCCAGACCCAGGGCUCCGUGCACCUCGUCAUGGAGUACGUGCCGAGUGGCGACCUCAGCGAGCUCCUCAUCGCCGCGAGCAAGUGCGGGCCAGAGUACCCAGGCCGUGCCUCGUCGGGCCUGCUCGUCGAGGACUGGAUACGCCGCUACGCCGCCGACAUGGUCUUGGCGAUAGGCUGGGUCCAUUCGAGGGGCUACGCGCACCGCGACGUCAAGCCUGGCAACUUCUUGCUCGACCGGUCCGGCCAUCUCCAGCUUUGCGACUUCUCGAGCGCCGCUCCCUUUUCCCAGUUCCAGGUGGCCGAGCCUGGACGGGGCGGCGAGCGCGUGUGGGCUCGUAAGGUGCACAGGUUCUACUGCUCGCUCCCGACGGGCACCUGCGACUACCUGUCGCCGGAACUGCUGGAGGCCGAAGAGGAGCGUAUAGCCCGUCGCCAGCUCAGCUUCCAGUCGUUCGACGACGGCGACCUUCCCUGGAAGAGGCCUCAUCAGGCAGAUGCGAAGCCCGACGACGUCGAGCCCGGUCCGUACGGGCCCGAGAUGGACUGGUGGAGCCUCGGAGUCAUGCUCUACGAGAUGCGCUUCGGCGUCCUCCCCUUUUUCUCCGACCAGAUGCAGGCCACCUACGAGCUGAUCCGCAGCCAUCGGGAGUCGCUGCGCUUCGAUGCGAGCAUCGACAGCUCCCCAGAGCUGCUCGGCCUGAUGAGGGGCCUCAUUACCGAUCCGCUCGAUCGCCUCGGCCGCAACGGGACCUUUGAGCUGCAAGGACACGCCUUCUUCCACGGCGUCGAUUGGUCCAAGGAUUGGCCCCUGGACCCUCCCUUUGUGCCCAACGUCGGCGAGGCUGUUGACCCCGGCGCUGGCCCAGGCGGCGAGCCCGAGCUGUCAUUGCUGCACAGCCCCGCUGUCCGCCUUCCUGGCGACUUGGUGGCCGCGUCUGGGUCGCUGUCGGCCGUCGACACGCUGCCCGACUUUUCCGCACUGUACUCUGGCGACGUCGACGACUUUCCCGCCUUUAUGGACUCGCGCGACUUCGACCAGCCCGGCAUGACCUCGAGCCGCAGCUACGAUCUGGCUGGCUGGUCCGCCGAGAUCGCUUCCGCGCCUGCCCCCGAUGGUGAGACCGCAGCGCCAGAGGCCUCGUACGGACUGCCGCGCUCCUCGUCAUCGCCCGCCAUCUUCGACACCACGACGUCUCCGACGCCGGUGCGCUUCUCGGGGCUGGGCGGCCUUCCGUCGUCGUCGUCGUCGUCCCGCCUCGGCGCUUUCAGCACGCCGCGGUGGUCGGACUGCGAUCUCGCGCUGGUUGGCUUCAGCUACGUGCCGGAUCCCGACACCUUCAAGCCUUCAGCAGUCCAGCCGGCGGCUGCGCACGCCCCCGCCGUGUCCCGCGUGGUGGCUUUCGAGACGCUCUCGUGCGCGCCUAGCUCCGCAAGCCUCUUCUCAGACGCCGCAGCCUCGCCGGCGGGUCGGAACGACUACGAGCCCAUGGCGUCGACGCCGCAAGAGCGUCUGGCACGUCGAGUGGACCCACCGGAAAUCUCGCCCAUCGGCUUGCCGACUCUGCCCUCGUACCUGCCGUCGCCGGCUGCGCCCUGGUCGGUUCAACGAGAACGCGAGGCCACGGUGCAGGCGUUGGAGCCGGCAGAUCCAGAGGAGAGGUUGCCGCUCCCGAUUCGCCGGGUUCACAGCUUCGUCACCCCGGCGCGGAAGCCGUCGUACAUCUGCCUCGCCGAUCAGUACGCAGCCGCCGCUGCGGGCGCAGACCGACCGGUCGAUGUCCGACCGGCCGAACCCUCCACGCAGCAGACGCCUGCGGUGCCGCAAUCUCCCUACCCUUUCCCGCUCGCCGCGAGCGAAUCGAUGCCCUCGGUCGCCCGGCAGCGUGCCGCGCCGCUGCGCCGCAACGACCUUGCCCGCGCUCGCUCGGCAACACCCGGGGCUGGCAGCGUCGGAUCGGACAGCCGGUACUCUGGCGGAAGCAACGCCGUCCGAGAGGUCUCCGAGAGUCAGGCCUGGGACGAAAUGAUGGCUGCGGUGCAGAAGAGCGUCCGCAAGCAGCAACGGGACAGCCGCUCGCCCGUCUCGACGUGGCCACGGCGUCAUCUGCCUUCGCCGGCAGCGUCGCGCCCCGGCAUGGAUAGGCAGAGGCAGCAGGGCACGCCCGACUUCCGAGGGGCGUUCCGGACGAAGCCGACCCUCGCCAUGCCGUCGCUCGCGACCAUUGCGCCCUCCCCCGAGGCCAAAUCGACGCUGCGCAGCAGCCGACGGAGCGCGGGCGAAGACGGCUCCGACGACGAUGCCGUCGACCGGGAUGCCAGCCCGAGACAAGCAUCACGGGCUCCGCCACCACGAUCCAGGGAGGCCUCGUUCAACCAGCCAGCGCAGCCGGGCCGCGUCCCGUCAGAGGCCGAGCCGGCAUGGGAGGGGUCUCUAACCGCCCGCCUCCACGCACCGCAAGCAAUUGGCCUGUACUCAGACGACUCGGAUGGGACCGACGACACAAUGUCGUCGGCGGACGAGCAUGACGGCGGGCGGCCCGCGCUGAAGCACAAGCGCAGCGCACGGCAGCUCUUGAUCAAGGCGCAGGAACGCUCCACGCCGACCAAGCCGACGCGGACCCAGAGCCCAUCUCUGACCGAGGCGCACGCGGCCCGCCUUUCGGGUGUCGCGCGCGGUUCGUCGUCGCCCCUGUCCUUUGUCGAGGGUCCCACGAUGCCGUCGUCGUCGCCGCGCGAGCAAUCGCCCGCGCUCGAACAGGCGGCGCUGGCCGUAGCGCCAGUGGCUGCAAGGGCGCGGCCAAUUUCGAUGCUGACGAUGAACGCCCGCAACGGCGCGUCGUCGCCGGCCAAUUGCAGCGCGGAGAACCUGUCGGGCAGCUUUGGCAAGGUGCCGGUGCUCGGCGCAAUAUCGCUGGGCGAGACGAGCAAGGCAGGAGCCGCAGGUGUGGGCAGCGGUAGCAGUACCAGCAGCAGCAGUCGUCUGGACAGCGCCUUCGACGACGUCGCCGGCGGGAGGCUCUCACCACACGCCGACGGGCUCGCAGCGCGCGAGAUCAGGCGCAAGAGCAGCCGGGACAUGCUCUCCGAGUAUCGCAAGGGCAUCGGUCGCCCGAACAGCAUGAGCGCCGUCAAGCCGCCGACGCGGAGGUUGUCGCCUGCGCUCGAGGAUGCCUUCUUGAGCGGCGAUGGCGACCCGCUCGCGCCCAUCGAUCGCGACGACGGUCGACAGGGCAAGAACGAGCGCAGGCGGUUCUCGAGUACCGUGUCUGGGCGGCCGAGAGCAGUCGAUCUGGUCACGUCUGCGAGCGAGCUCGCGGGGUCGGGACCCACGGCAGAAAGACGCAGGAGGGCGAGCGAUGGCGGACCCUCAAAGCACGUCGAGGCCAUCUUGGGCACAGCGUCGGGCAGCGGGCGCAGGGCGUCGCACCAACAGCGAGCAAGGGGCCUCUACCUCGAAGCGCCGGUGCAGGAGGAUCCGCUCGAGCUCUCCCUGUCCGAAAACCCCUCCAAUGUGCUGCAAGGACCGCGGAAGCUGCGAGGUCAGCCGGACAAGCGAGGCGCUUUGCUCUCCGCCGCGGUCGCGGCGGGGCCAGAGCCGACGUCGACUUCGGGCGCGACUGCGACCACGGAGCGAAGACUUCGGCGCACCUCUUCCAAGGUGAGCGUGGGCGCGGGCGCGGGUGCGCAGGCCACCGUGGAACCGGCCGCAAGAUCCGUGGCCGAACAUCGAGAGGAAACGGGAUCGCGCCCGAGAGCUUCGAGGACGCUGCGUGACGCCACCAACAAGAUCACGCGGCGGAUCUCGUCGCUGAGCGUCGCCAAUACCAAGCCGUUCCCGCGGACGGCGCCGAGUCGCGAGGGCGACGAGGCGGGCGGCGGCGAUGAUGACGACGACGAUGGCGCCGGAUCGGACAACAAGGUCUCGGGCCGGAGCGAAAGGGCAAAGAAGACGGAGCGCGGCAGAGGGUCGAUCAAGCCAAAGAGCCUGAGCGCGGAAGACGUUCAUCGCCUAUCAGUCGACCCGCACGCGCGGGAAGGGGAGGAAGGCAUCACCAGCGGAGCGGCUCGUCGAAAGUGGUCGAGCGAAAAGGACGUGCCCGCACUCGCAGCGCCAGCAGCGACGGCGUCUUCAUCGUCGUCGUCGUCGCCGGUGUCGUGCUAUCGCGACGAUGUGGCCUCUGCGAUGGCACCUCAGGCCGAGGGCGACGUGAGCCUGAUGACGGGCCUGCGCAGCUGCCAUUCGGCGCUGCAGGGCAGCUUGAUGGAGCUCGAGGUCAAGCUGGCGCAGAUUAAGAAGCGGCUGGAAAAGUGA